GCGGCGGCGGGGGCGGGGGCGGCGGCGGGAGGGGGGCCGCCCGCCUUGCCCCUUUGAACUCCCCCCUCAGCAGGAGCCGGGGGGCCGGCCACGAGAGGGGGGAGGGGACUUCACACCCCCCCACUCCCCCCCCAGUCCUGCCGCCCCGGGCCGGCGCGGGGGGUCCCCGGCUGCUGCGUGUCCGUUUCCGGGGCGGUUACAAUGUAGCCAGGCCCGCGGCGGGCGCUCGCUUCCCCCGGGGCGAGAAACUUCCUAGCCCCCCCCCCGCCGCCGCCGCCAGCCCCCCCCCGGGCCGGGCUCGGUCCGCCCCCCCACCCCCCCGGAGGGAGCGGCCAGGCCCGGCUCCGUCGGAUGCGGAUCAAAGGCGACGGCGGAGCAGCUCCCUUUGUGUCUGCCCCGGGUCCGGCGCCCCGCUCGCGCGGGCUGGGGGGCGCCCCGAGGGGGCCGCGGCAGCGCAGCCCCCCGCCCCCCGCCGAGGAGGGCUGGGCCCUUGCCCCCCUCCCCCCGGCGUGACCCCGGAUUUGGAGCUAGCCGCGUUUCCACACCACCGAAUUCCGCUUCGGGUGACGCUUUAUUUUUUGGGGGGGGAAUCCGACCCCCCCUCCUGUGUUGGGGGGGCUGCGUUUUAAUUAUUUCGUGGACAAUGUUCUCCGCGGCCGCCCGCCGGCGGCUGGCGCUGGCUGCGGGUUUCUGGACGGCCUUGUAACGCGGUCUCUCAGGGAGGGACGGCAGGAGACGGGAUGGAUGAUCGGAAACCGCCCAGCCAGGCCAAAGACUGUGAGGUGCCAGCUGACGGGGGCGCGUCUUCGGAAGAGCGGGGUGGCGCAGAAGGAGAACCCCUGAAGCCGCCGGAAGGGGCCCCCACUGCCCUGGAGCCGGAAGCCAAGGAGUCUCCCCAGGCCUGUGGUGCCCUGCCCAGGCGUUGCGCCCUCUGCAACUGCGGCGAGUGGAGCUUGCAUGGGCAGCGGGAGCUCCAGCGCUUCGAGCCGGUGCCCGACUGGAACAAACGUCUCUCCGAGCUGCCGGACGGGAGGGGCCCUGGCGAGACUCGGGCCCCUGGGGACGACCUGUCCCUGAUCGGCUUCGCGGAGGGGGUGUCACCAGGAGAGCUCUUCGAGCCAACAGGGCACUGCUGGGCCCACCACUGGUGUGCGGCCUGGUCGGUGGGGGUGCAGCUGCAGGCCGGAGCCGGGCUGAGCGACGUGGGCAAAGCUGUUUUCUCAGGGAUCUUGCAGAAAUGUGAACACUGUCGGAGGAUGGGUGCUACCAUUCAGUGCCACUCAGAGGGGUGUCCGCGGCACUACCACUUCCCGUGCGCGGCGGCCAGCGGCUCCUUCCAGUCCAUGAAAACCCUGCAGCUCCUGUGCCCGGAGCACGUGGUCGAGGCGGUGCAGAUGGAGGAUUCGCGGUGCAUGGUGUGCGACGGGCCGGGGGACCUGCGCGACCUGCUCUUCUGCACCAGUUGUGGGCUGCACUACCAUGGCACCUGCCUGGACGUCCCCGUCACGCCACGCAAGCGCUCUGGCUGGCAGUGCCCCGAGUGCAAAGUCUGCCAAACAUGCAGACAGCCCGGUGCGGACUCCAUGAUGCUGGUGUGCGAGGCCUGUGAUAAGGGCUACCAUACGUUCUGCCUGAAGCCGGCCAUCGAGAGCCUUCCCACGGACUCCUGGAAGUGCAAGAACUGCCGGGUGUGCUCCGACUGUGGGUUGCGGCCAGCAGCGCUUGACCCUGGGUGCCACUGGUAUGAGAACUACUCGGUGUGUGAAGGGUGCCAGCGGCACCGGAGCACGGCGGGAGGCACUGAUGCCGCGUGGUGCUGCCAGAAGCCCUUGCCCCCGGAUUGCAGUGAUGCGGCAGGGGGUUCCGCCUGCCUGGCGUGUCAAGGGCAGCAGAAACACCCGCAGCUGGAUGGGGCCGUGCCCCAGGAAGAGAUGCCCUCAGGGUGUGAAGCCAAACCACUAGGUCCCGCUCUGGAGCCGGAGGAGGCGCCAGGCCCGGCAGCACCUGCCAAGGAUGAGGUGACGGAGCCGACAGCCCCCGAGACGGCCCCUGAACCGCCAGCCCUGCCCCCAGACUCGCCAGACCCCCCUGUUCCCGCAUCGCCUGCCCACUCUGAGGAGCUGCCACUGGAUGCCAAAGAAGAACCGGCCCCCGAGCAGCCAGCGGGACCCCCUGCCAUCACCGCGGCCCCGCUGGAGCCUGUGGGCAGCCCCCAGCCCCCCAUGGAGAAGGAGCCUGCCUCCCCACCCCGGACAGAGACACCCCCCACAGUCACCCUGCCAGGCUCCCCUGCUCCCCAGCUGGGCCCCCCACAGCCCAGGGAAGCGAUGGAGUGUGGGGAGGAGGAGGGGAUGGACAUGGCAGGGGGUGAGGCGGGGUCCCUGGCCAGCCCCGUGGGGGAUGGUGCGCAGCCCACCCCAGCUGUGGCCCUGGGGCCGUUCCCAGGCUUGGUGCAGGAGGAAGAGGAGGAGGGAGCCGCUGGGCCGGAGCAGGCCGGAGCCGGGGGGAGGUGCUCUCCCCCACUGAGUGAGGACGGGCUAGAGGAGAACCGAGGCGGGGGGGACCCUGAGUCGAGCCAGACCCCGGUCAGCUUCACCAGCGAGCCUAAGGGGUCCCCCAUGCUGCUGGAGCCCGAGGAGCUGGGCCCGGCCACCCCGAUGGAGGUAUAUGGGACGGGCGGGAAGCUGCUGGAGCGUGGGGAGGAGGGGGGCCCUGAGCCCCCCGUCCUGCGGCCCCGUCCCACCCUCAUCAAGUCGGACAUUGUCAACGAGAUCUCCAACCUGAGCCAGGGCGACACCAGAAGCAGCUUUCCCGGCUCGGAGCCCCUGCUGGGCUCUCCGGACCCUGAGGGCGGGGGCUCUCUCUCCAUGGAGCUGGGCAUGACCUCCACCGACAUCAGCCUGCAGAAGGACGACGCCGGCUCCCUGCCCCACUGCACCGACUCACUGGCUGAGACGGACGACUCGCUGCUCUUCGAGCCCGGCGCUGGGGCCAAGGGCGAGGGGGAGAAGGGGCGUCGGCGCAGCUCCCCGGGGCGCUCCCGGGUCAAGCAGGGUCGCAGCAGCAGCUUCCCAGGGAGGAGGCGGCCCCGAGGCGGGACCCAGGGGGGCCGGGGCCGGGGCCGAGCUCGGCUGAAGUCGACCACCUCGUCCAUUGAGACCCUCGCGUUGGCAGAUAUCGACAGCUCCCCCAGCAAGGAGGAUGAUGAGGACGACGACGACACCAUGCAGAACACUGUGGUGCUUUUCUCCAACACGGACAAGUUCGUUCUCAUGCAGGACAUGUGCGUGGUGUGCGGCAGCUUCGGGCGCGGGGCGGAGGGGCACCUCCUGGCCUGCUCCCAGUGCUCCCAGUGCUACCACCCCUACUGUGUCAACAGCAAGAUCACCAAGGUGAUGCUGCUGAAGGGCUGGCGCUGCGUGGAGUGCAUCGUCUGCGAGGUGUGCGGCAAGGCCUCGGACCCCUCGCGCCUGCUGCUUUGCGACGACUGCGACAUCAGCUACCACACCUAUUGCCUGGACCCGCCACUGCACACCGUGCCCAAGGGCGGCUGGAAGUGCAAGUGGUGCGUGUGCUGCGUGCAGUGCGGGGCGGGCUCCCCCGGAUUCCACUGUGAGUGGCAGAACAACUAUACGCACUGCGCCCCCUGCGCUAGCCUCGUCACCUGCCCCGUCUGCAGGGCGAAGUAUGUGGAAGACGACCUGCUCAUCCAGUGCAGGCACUGCGACCGGUGGAGCCACGCAGUGUGCAGCAAUCUCUUCACGGAGGAGGAGGUGGAACAAGCGGCAGACGAGGGCUUCGACUGCAGCUCCUGCCAGCCCUACGUGGUCAAGCCAGUGGUUCCGGUCGCCCCCCCAGAGAUCAUCCCGGUGAAGAUCAAGGAGCCGGAGCCCCAGUAUUUCCGCUUCGAAGGCGUCUGGCUGACGGAGACCGGCAUGGCCGUGCUGCGCAACCUGUCCCUGUCCCCUCUGCACAAGCGCAGACAGCGCAAGACCCGGCUGGGCACCCUGAAUGGGGAGGGGGGCCUGGAGGGGGGCGACCCCCUGGGUGCGGACGAGAAGAAGGACGGGGAUCUGGACGGGGACGACCUGCUGAAGGGUGAAGGGGGUGUGGAGCACAUGGAGUGUGAGAUCAAGCUGGAAGCUGCCACCAGCCCCGACCGGGACGGAGGCGCCGACGUGGACUCGGGGAAGGGGCUGGAGGAUUCGGAGGAGUGUAAGAAGAGGAAGCGGAAGCCGUACCGCCCCGGGAUCGGCGGGUUCAUGGUGCGGCAGCGGAAGUCCCAUACCCGGCUGAAGAAGGGCUCGGCGGCACUGGUGGAGGCAUGUCGCGAGGUGCUGAGCGCCGAGGGGCACCCGGAGGACGGGGUGCCGGCAGAGAUCCCAGCGGAGGGCGCUGCGGAGCAGGGCACCACGGAGGUGGACGAGAAGAAGAAACGCAGAGGCAGGAAGAAGAGCAAGUUGGAGGAUAUGUUCCCUGCCUACCUCCAGGAAGCGUUCUUCGGGAAGGCGCUCAUGGACCUGAGCCGGAAGGCCCUGCUGGCUGCGGGGGGUGUAGGGGAUGGAGCCGCCUGCCCCCCCUUUGGCCAGGGUGCUCCCAGACCAAGGGUGGACCCUGGGGUGCCCAGCACACUCCAGAAGGCGCCUGGAGAUGGGAAGGAGACCCCUGCCCAUCUGAAAGGGGACGGCAGCACGGACAGCAGCACCCUGGUGGCCCAAGAGGAGGACCUGAAAGGGGCGGAAGCAAAGGCCGAGGACCCAGGCGCAGAGGAGUCGAAAAGUUCUCUGGAUCCUGGGGACAGCGAGAAGCCGGCGACGCCCGGCGAGGGUGCUCUCAGCUCCGACCUUGACAAGAUCCCCACAGAAGAAUUGCCCAAGAUGGAGAGCAAGGACAUCCAGCAGCUCUUCAAGGACGUGCUGGGCUCUGCGGAGCGGGAGCAGCAGCUGAGCUGCGUGGCGGCAGGGAUGGAGGCCGGCAUGGGAGGGCGAGACCCCAGCCGGGCGCAGCUCUCCCAGAGGCCCUUCCUGCAAGGGAGUGUUUCUCUGGGCUCUCUCUCCUCCGCUGUCCCCAUGGAGUCCUACUCAGGAGUCUGCCAGUCCCCGUUCCUCGAUAACAGGGAGAGAAGUGGCUUCUUCAGCCCAGACCACUGUGAGCCCGAGAGCCCCUGGGCCAGCAGCUCGGCUGCCACCACCCCCUCCACGCCCACCACCCCCACCACGGAGGGUGAGGGGGAUGGGCUCUCCUACAACCAGCGGAGCCUACAGCGCUGGGAGAAGGAUGAGGAGCUGGGCGAGCUGUCCACCAUCUCGCCCGUACUCUAUGCCAACAUGAACUUCCCCAGCCUCAAGCAGGAUUACCCAGACUGGUCCAGCCGCUGCAAACAGAUCAUGAAGCUCUGGAGGAAGGUCCCUGCCCCGGACAAAGCCCCCUACUUGCAAAAGGCCAAAGAUAACCGGGCGGCUCAUCGCAUCAACAAGGUGCAGAAGCAGGCCGAGAGCCAGAUCAACAAGCAGACCAAAGGCGAGGUGCUGCGCAAGCCUGAGAGACCCGCGCUGCACCUGAGGAUCCCGCCCCAGCAGGGGGCACUGCCUGGUGCUGCGGGGCAGCCUGUCUACAUCAACAGCCCGCUGGCUCUGCCCGGCUCCACGGACGGGUUCCUGAAGUCCCCUGCUGGCGCCGAAGUGGGGGCCGAGUCCAACGAGCUCUCCCUCAAGCUUCCUUCCCAAGUGCCUUCGCACGACCCCUACAGCAUGGCCCCCACCUACCCGCUGGAGCCCUGCUUCCCCUCUCCCCUGGGCCAGAGCCCCACUGCUGGAGCUGCCUUCCAGCCCUUCCCCACACAACAGCAGCAGCAGCUCCUGACCACUCCCCGGCCGGCCCUGGGCCCCCAGCCUCCGGAGUUCCACCCCACCUCCCCUGGACCCCCCCGGCACCAGCCCUCCACCCCAGACCCCUUCCUGAAACCUCGCUGCCUCAGUGGCUCUCUGGACAACCUGUCGGUGCCGGGGAGCCCUGGGGCCAGGCCCCCUGAGCCGCUGCUCUCGUCCCCUCCAUUUGGGGAGCAGAAGCGGAGCCUGGAGGCUGGGGGGCUGCAGGUGAAGAAGGAGGAAGGGGGCCCAGGAGUGUGUUCUCCUGGCUACGUGGCUGCCAUGGGCUAUGCCGACUCCCCGUCCCACCUCUCCUCCGCCGAGCUGAAGGCAGCCGAUGUGUUCAAAGCCCCCCUGACCCCACGGGUGUCUCAGGUAGAGCCACAGAGCCCAGGGCUCGCGCAUCCCCACCCCCAGGCUCUGGCCCCCUCACCUCCCAGCCAUCCCGACCUCUACAGGCAGUCGCCCUCCGUGUCCUGCUACUCGGACCCCUAUGCCCAGCCCCCCCUGACGCCCCGGCCACAGCCCCCUGACAGCUGCUGCACCCUGCCCCCCAGGUCCUUGCCUUCCGACCCCUUCUCCCGUGUCCCUGCCAGCCCACAGUCCCAGUCCAGCUCCCAGUCCCCCCUCACCCCCCGGCCACUCUCCAAUGAGGCUUGCUGCCAGUCACCAGUCACCCCUCGCUUCCAGUCGCCCGACCCCUACUCCAGACCCCCCUCGCGCCCCCAGUCCCGGGACCCCUUUGCCCCCGUGCACAAGCCCCCGCGGCCCCAAAUGCCCGACUCCGGCUUCAAAUCGAUCCCAGUCUCCCACAAUCCCCCAGCUGGCGGGGGCUUCCCUCCGGCCCAGCCCAGUGACCCUCACUCCAAGGGGCCGGGAAGCCAGCAGCCCCCCUUUGCCCGCUCCCCUGGAGCCAGCGUCUUCCCUGGCGCCCCAGCGCAGAUGCGGUUCACCUUCCCCCCAGCUGUCUCGGAGCCCCUCAAGGGUUCCCCUUCCCACCAACCCCAUGGGAUGAACAGCCAUUUCGCCUCUAGCCAACCUAUGGGCAAGCCCCAAAGCACCAACUAUGCCUCCUCGCCCGGCUUCCACCAGGCCAGUAGCCCCCUGGGGCCUGGCAACUGCCCUGCUGAGACCUACAGCCUCUCUCCCCUGCGGCCCCCCUCGGUGCUGCCGCAGCAGACUCCCCACCCCCAGCAGCAGCAGGACGGCGCCCUGACCUACUUGCCCCGAGCCGGGAUGGCGCUGCCAGCUGACAAGCGGGACGAGGUGGUGUCGGGGAUCUCUGCUCUCCCCAGCCGGGAGCUGCCCGAACUGCCUGUCAGCCAGGAGGGCACCCUCAGCAGCGUCAGCCAGUCGGAGCUGGAGAAGCAGAGGCAGCGCCAGAGACUCCGCGAGCUCCUCAUCCGUCAGCAAAUCCAGAGGAACAACCUGCGGCAGGAGAAGGAGAGUGCGGCCGCCGCCACCAGCUCCUCCCAGGCAGCGUGGAGCGCCGAAGCCAGCAGCCAGGCCUUCGAGCAGCUCAGGGGCCUGGCUCCCUACCAGCCAGCACAGGACAAGAGCGCCCUCGGGAAUCUGCCCACAGCCCCUGGUAGCAGCAAACUCUCCGGGCCAGUUAUGGUGCCUGUGGCCUUCGCACCGGACGAACGGCUUUCUCGCCCGCCUCCUGCUGCCACGCCCUCCUCCAUGGACCUCAACGGCAGGCCGUCGGUGGGAGCCCCCCAGACCUUCUUCCCACGCAGCAUGUUCCAGGGGCAGCAGCAGAUGUGGCAGCAGCAGCAGCAGGCGGCCGUGCGGCUCCCCAGCCCCGCCCGCUUCCAGCAGCCGCCUGGCCAUGAGCUCAGCCGGCCGGCACUGGGGGGCCUGGCUGGGCGCAUGCCAGGCCCUGCCGAGCAGAUCCCGUCCUCGCCCGGCACCAUGGGGGCCCAGUUCAUUGAGCUGCGGCACAACUCCCAGAAGGGAGCAGCUGGGGGCAUGGGCUCCCCCUUCACCCAGCAGGGCUCCCCGGCCAGGCCACGCUUCUUCCUGCCUGGCGAUGAGAGCUCCAGCCAGGCCCUGCGUGCCUCUGUCAUGCCUCUGCCAGCCCCGGUCCUGCAGCCACAGAAGCUGCCGGCCCCUCUGCCACCCUCUGCUACUUCCCCGCAGGGGGCUCAGCGGAGCCACCAGCCUCCCCCCAAAAGUGGCCCUCCGCUGCCUCCGCCUGCCAGCAGCCUGGAGCUGCAGCAUGGGCUGCCGCGCCCGCUGUCGUCCUCCAGCCUGCGCCCCGAGGGCCCCAAGGACAGCCCCACCAUGGAGCCCUCGCUGGUUCCAGCUCCCAGCAAGAGCCACCUGGCGCUGGAGAGCGGGCGGCUCCCAUGCGAGGUGCCGGGGGAGCCCGACCUGGACGACGACUUCGACUCCCACAAGGACCUGGAGGAUGACGACCUGGCCAACCUGAGCCUGGACCCGGACGUGGCCAAGGGGGAUGACGACCUGGGCAACCUGGACAACCUGGAGACCAACGACCCCCACCUGGACGACCUGCUGAAUGGUGACGAGUUUGACCUGCUGGCCUACACCGACCCCGAGCUGGACACGGGCGACAAGAAGGACAUCUUCAACGAGCACCUGCGGCUGGUGGAGUCGGCCAACGAGAAGGCUGAGCGUGAGGCCCUGCUCAAGAGGGAGCCAGCUGGGCCCUGCCCCAAGGGCCCCGGGGAGCCCAAGGAGCUGGCCCCCCCCAGGGAGGGGCUGGCGCCUGCCCCCUGCCCCUCCAGCAUGGCACCGGCUCCCCACCCAACCUUCAAGGCCCAGGCCAGCAUCCUGGAAGCCAAGUCUGGCUCUCUGCCGGCCAGCAUCCAGCCCAAGCUGGAGGAAGGCUGCCUGAAGACAUCCCCCUGCCAGUUCAACGCCGGCGCCUCUGACCGCCUCCCAGUCCCCAUCAAGUCGGAGGCCCUCCAGGGGGCCGAGAAAAUGGCUGCCUCCCUAGGCCUGACGCUCAAGCCUGGCCAGAACCUGUUGAAUCCCGGAGCGGGGCCUGUGCGGCUCGGCACAGCCCCCUUCCCGAACAACGGCCAUCCUGCCGCUUCUGGCUCAGACAAGGGCCCCUACGCUGCCCCGGGCCGCGGGCUGGUACCCAGCCAGAGCACUGCCCUGCUGGAGCUGGAUGGAGGGGCCUUGGGCCUGGCCAACGCCCAGCACUCGCCGGCUGAUGACCUUGAGAAGAUGGAGAGCUCCCUGGUGGCCAGCGAGCUGCCCCUGCUCAUCGAGGACCUGCUGGAGCACGAGAAGAAGGAGCUGCAGAAGAAGCAGCAGAUGUCGACCCACCUGCCGGGGGGCGCCCAGCACCUCCAGACUGUGCAGCAGCAGCAGCAGCACUCCAUACUAGCUCACCCCGCGGUGCCAGCCCAGCCCCCGGACGGGCAGGCUCCUCGCCUGGUGGGGCCCCAGCAACAGCUGCAGCUGGGCCUCAUCUCCAGGCAGCAGAACCUGGUGCCCACCCAACAGCUGAUGACGCAGCAGCAGCGGGUGGUGGGACCUCAGCAGGGCCAGGUGCUGGCCCCACACGUGGCGAUGGCACAGCCCCAGCCCCAUGUCCUCGCGGCCCAGCACAGCGUCCAGCCGGCGCUGACCCCGCAGCCGAACCAGCAGCAGGUGCUGGUGCAGAAGCAGAUACCUGGGGUGCAGCCGACCCCCAUGGGCAUGAAACCCCAGCAGCUCGUCAUGCAGCAGCAGCACCAACUGGCCAACAGCUUCUUCCCUGACACAGACCUGGAUAAGUUUGCGGCUGAGGACAUCAUGGACCCCAUCGCCAAGGCCAAGAUGGUAGCGCUGAAGGGCAUCAAGAAGGUGAUGGCUCAGGGAAGCAUUGGGGUGGCCCCUGGGAUGAACAGGCAACAGGUGUCCCUGCUGGCUCAGCGGCUCUCGGGAGCCACGGCCACGAUCGAAAUGCAGAACCACGUCCCAGCUGGGAGCGGACAGGAUCGAAGUGGCAGUGACCCAUCUCAGACCCGCCCCAACCCACCCACCUUCGCUCAGGGCGUCAUCAAUGAGGCCGACCAGCGGCAGUAUGAGGAGUGGCUCUUCCACACCCAGCAGCUCCUGCAGAUGCAGCUGAAGGUGCUGGAGGAACAGAUCGGUGUGCACCGCAAGUCCCGCAAGGCCCUGUGCGCCAAGCAGCGCACCGCCAAGAAGGCUGGUCGUGAGUUCCCCGAGGCCGACGCUGAGAAGCUCAAGCUGGUGACGGAGCAGCAGAGCAAGAUCCAGAAGCAGCUGGACCAGGUUCGGAAGCAGCAGAAGGAGCACACCAACCUGAUGGCCGAGUACCGCAACAAGCAGCAGCAGCACCAGCAGAGCUCCGCCGUUAUGGCCCUCAGCCCAUCGCAGAGCCCCCGGCUCAUGGCCAAGCUCCCGGGGCAGCUGCUCUCCGCCCAUGGUGUCCAGCAGCAGCUCCCCCAGCCGACCGGGGCCAUGGUGGGGGCGCAAGGCCUGGGCCAGCCGCCCAACCAGCUGGCAGGGCAAGCAGGCAACGUGCGCUCGCCCCAGGGCGGCGUCUCUAUGGCAGCCCAGCAGGGCUUGUCCUUCCUGGGCCAGCAGCAGCUGGGGAACGCAGCUGUCCCCAGCCCGUCCAGCAGCUUCUUCCCUGGGAAUCCCGCGCUCCGGGGGCUGGCCGCCGACACCCGGCUGAUGCAGGAGAGGCAGUUACAGAGGAUGCAGCUGGCUCAGAAACUGCAGCAGCAGCAAAGCAUGCUGGGACAGGUGCAGCAGCAGCAGCAGCAAAGCAUGCUGGGACAGGUGUCGCUGCAGCAGCAAAACAUGCUGGGACAGGUGUCGCUGCAGCAGCAGCCCCCCGCCCCUCAGCAGGGUGGUGGGGGGCAGCCCAUGGUUCCGAAGCAGCCGGGCAUCCUGGUGCAGCAGCUCUCGCCGCAGCCGCAGCCAGGGAUGACGGGGCACUCCCAGGUGUCCAUGCUGCAGCAUCAGGGCGUCGCGGGCCGCCAGAACCCCCCGAGGCAGGUGCUGUUAGCGCCCCACCAGCAGAGGGUACUGGGCUCGCCUCAGCUGGUGCAGCAAACUCACGGCCUCGUGGGCCACCGGCUGAUUUUGUCGCCGGCGCAGCAGCAGCAGUCUGGGCUUCUGGGCCAGCCACGGACUUUGCUGGCACAGCAGCAGCAGAGCUCUCGAGCCCAGCAUCAGGCCCUGCUGGGGCUGGGGCAGGGGCAGGCUGCCCAGCCGGGCCCCGUGGGGCAGGGGCAGGCUGCCAAGCAGCAGAUACAGCACUUUCCACAGCAUGGGGCCCUGGGCCAGUCCCCCUCCAUGUCACAUUUGAGUCAGGGAGGCCAGCCAGCCCCGCAGGGCGCGGCUGCCAAGGAGCAGCAGGGAGGGGCAGAGAGCACUGCGUUGCCCCCAGAGGGUGCCGAGGGCAGGGGGCAGCAUCAGGUUCAGCUGACCGCCGCCGUGGGUGGGCCAGGCAGCCAGGAGCUCGGGGGGCAGCCGCACAUGGGCCCUCAGGAGCAGCAGGGCAUUCAGAACCUCAAUCCCCUGACGCUGGCUGGCCAGGAGCCGCGGGCACCCCUGGGCGGAGAGCAGCAGCUGCAGAAACACCAGCCUGAGCUGGGGCAGCAGCAGGCCCUGGCAAGCUCCCUGCAGCUCCAGCAGCCGCAGCGAAUGCAGGGGGGCCAGCAGCAAAGCAACCUGCUUCAUCCCCCGCUGCAGAACAGCGGGGGGCCAGCACAGCUGGGGGGCGCCGUGAGGCAAGAGCAGCCGCACUCGGACCCUGCCCAGGGGCCUCACUUGCUGGCCCCGCAGGGCUCUGUAGCAGAACAGCAACAGCAGCUCGGGAGCAUGACGAGCCAGGCGCAAAGCCUCCAGGUGCAGCCGCCGCCGCAAAGGAUUGUGGGCCAGCCACCAGCACAAAGCCUCGAACAGCAGCCGAAAGGGCUGCUGAGCCAGCUGCAGCCAACGGUGGGCCAGCGGCUCCCCAGCCCGGCAGGGCAGCACAAGGCCGGGCCGAUGGGGCAGCCGCAGCAGAGCAUGCUGGUCCCGCAGGCAUCCCUCGCACAGAGUGUCCUGAGCCAGGUGUCCGCUCCGGUGAUGGGCCAGUUCCGAGCUCAGCUGCAAGGCGUCAUCUCCAAAAACCCGCAGCUGCGGCACCUCACCCCGCAGCAGCAGCAGCAGCUCCAGGCCAUCCUGGUGCAGCGCCACCAGCAGAGCCUGCUGCAGCAGAGCCAGGCACUAAGGCAGGCCGGCCCCUUCCCGGGACAGGCCCAGGCGUCGCUAGAGCAAGGGCUGCACCCUCCCUCGGCCCUGCAGGCCUCCGUGGUGCACCAGCAACCGAGGCAGCCAGGGACGGUGUUCCACGUCCGGCCAGCCGGCCCCUCCGCCGCUGCGGAGCAGAUGCAGCCAGGGUUUGUCAUGGAGCAAGCGUCCGCCGGCCAGCAGAGAGUGCCGCUGAGCGCCCCACAGCAGCCGCUGGCAGAACUGGUGCACACGGCGCUGGCGGGGCGUAGUCCCCAGCAGGGGGUGCUCAGACUCUCAGCUCCGCCGGCAGCCACCCCGGUCCAGGCGCCCGUGAGCAUGGUCAACCUGGGCUCUGUGCAUCCGCACCCCCCACCCAGCCGGGAACAGAGCCCCCAAGAGCCAAAGGAAGCCUCCCCGCCCAUCCUGGCCAGGCCGCCCAGUGUGGCUCAGAGCGCUGGGGUGCAGCCCGAGCACAGGCUGACGCCCACCCAGAAUAGCUUCCUGGCAGAGCUGGUGCCCACUGUCCCAAAGCCACCCCCCAGCCAAACAGGGGAGGAGUCCUUUGCUGGGACCCCUGGCCACUGGGAGCCAGGAGCGCAGGGUCCCAACUCCUCUCCCAGCAUGGAGCCCAUGGAUGGAUCGAGAAAGCCACUGGACCGCAGCCUGGCCGGGAGUCAAGUCAACGGGCGGGUGGUAGAAAGGCCAGGCCCACAGGCCUCUCCUCUGGAAGGGGGGGCCCUGCCAACUGAGGCCCCCGGGGUCUGCAUCAAGCAGGAGCCCAAGGAGGAGACGGCACCGUGCGUGCUGGGCGGGGGCCAAGCUGUAAAACGCGAGGCCAAUGGGGAGCCAGCGCCCACCCCAGCCAACAAGCUCCUGAUGGGUAGCCAGCUGCUGGCGGGCGCCAGGUCUGAGGCUGGGCACCUGCUGCUGCAGAAGCUGCUGCGGGCCAAGAACGUGCAGCUGGCGUCGCAGCGCUCCACCGAGGGGCUGCGGUCCGAGCUCAAUGGGCACAGUGACGGCAAGCUCUCAGGGCUGGAGCAGAGGCUGCAGGCAGCGCCCCCCAGCAGAGAGGAUCCCUCCGCCAGCAAGAAGCCCCCAGCCCCGAAGCCCAAACGGGCCCAGAAGAGCGGGGAGCGAGUGGCUGCCUCACGCAAGAAGCUGCGCAAGGAGGAUGGGCUCAAAUCCAGCGAGGCCCUAAUGAAGCAGCUGAAGCAGGAGCUCUCCCUGCUGCCCCUGGUGGAACCCACCAUCACGGCCAACUUCAGCCUCUUUGCGCCCUUCGGCAGCAGCCCCAUCAACGGCAAGAGCCAGCUGAAGGGGGCGUUCGGCAGCGCCGUGCUGGACAGCGUCCCCGACUACUACACCCAGCUGCUCACCAAGAACAACCUGAGCAACCCGCCCACCCCACCCUCCUCGCUGCCCCCCACUCCGCCCCCCUCUGUGCAGCAGAAGAUGGUGAACGGCGUCACCUCCUCGGAGGAGCUGACCGAGCAGCCCAAGGAGCCGGACCAGGCCCGGGAAGCCGAAGGCCGGAAGGACGCGCCCGCCGUGGAAGUGAAGAGCCUGGACCUGCUGGCAGCCCUGCCCACACCCCCCCACAACCAGACGGAGGACGUGAGAAUGGAGAGCGACGAGGAGAGCGACUCCCCCGACAGCAUCGUCCCCGCCUCGUCCCCUGAGAGCGUCCUGGGCGAGGAGCCGCCCCGCUUCCCCCUGCUAGCCGAGGCGAAGCCGGAGCUGCAGGAGCGGGUGCUGUCGCCGGUCAUCCCCAUUAUCCCCAGGGCCAGCAUCCCAGUGUUCCCUGACCCAAGGCCCCCCGAGGCACGGGAGCCCUUCGGGGAGCACGGCGGGAAGGUGGCCCUGGCGCAAGGCAUCGCCUGGGAGAAGGGGAAGGGCAGCGAAGUCUCUGUCAUGCUGACUGUCUCGGCCGCAGCUGCUAAGAACCUGAAUGGCGUCAUGGUGGCCGUGGCUGAGCUGCUCCGCAUGAGGAUCCCCAGCUCCUAUGAGGUGCUGUUCCCCGAGAGCCCAGUGCGGGGCUCCGGGCCUGAGGCCAAGAAGGUGGAGACGGACGGGGCUGGUGGGCUCGGUGGCAAGGCCAAGGCAGCGCUGGCAGGGAAAGCCCCCGACGCUGGCACCGAGUGGCUGAAGCAGUUUGACGCCAUGCUGCCGGGGUACAGCCUCAAAAAUGAGCUGGACAUCCUGACGCUGCUCAAACAGGAGAGCCCGGCGCUGGAGAAGACUGUGCAGCACUGCUACGUGAACAAUGUUUCCAACCUGGACGUGCGUCAGCUCUCCGUCCUGCCCCCGGAGCCAUCCCCACCCCUGUCCCCCCUCGUCCCCUCCCCUGCCAGCCCCGCCCACGGGGACAGGAUCCCCGAGGCACCCCCCGAGGUGGCCCCCGCGCCCCCCUCCCCACCCUCCAAGGAGGAGGUGGCAUGUUCGCCACCCAAGCUCAAGCAGCGCUCGCGGCCCCCGGAGGAGGGAGAGGAGCCCCGGCCCCGGCUCAAGAAGUGGAAGGGGGUACGGUGGAAGCGGCUGCGCUUCCUCAUCACCAUCCAGAAGGGUGGCGCCAAGCAGGAUGGCGAGAAGGAGAUCUCCGAGUUCAUCGAGAAGCUGGGCACCACCCUGCGGCCCGAGAAGGUGCCCCAGGACCUGCGCAAAUGCUGCUUCUGCCACGAGGAGGGGGACGGUGCCACCGACGGGCCCGCCCGCCUCCUCAACCUUGACCUGGACCUCUGGGUGCACCUGAACUGCGCCCUGUGGUCCACCGAGGUGUACGAGACGCAGGGCGGGGCACUGAUCAACGUGGAGGGGGCGCUGCACCGAGGGCUGCUCACCAAGUGCUCCCUAUGCCAGAAGACAGGCGCCACCAACAGCUGCAACCGCAUCCGCUGCCCCAGCGUCUACCACUUCGCCUGCGCCAUCCGGGCCAAGUGCAUGUUCUUCAAGGACAAGACCAUGCUGUGCCCGCUGCACAAGCUCAAGGGCCCCUGCGACCAGGAGCUCAGCACCUUCACCGUCUUCCGGCGCGUCUACAUCGAGCGUGACGAGGUGAAACAGAUCGCCAGCAUCAUCCAGCGCGGCGAGCGCCUGCACAUGUUCCGCGUGGGCGGCCUGCUCUUCCACGCCAUCGGCCAGCUGCUGCCCCACCAGAUGGGCGACUUCCACAGCGUCACGGCCCUCUACCCCGUGGGCUUCGAGGCCACCCGCAUCUACUGGAGCCUGCGCACCAACAACCGCCGCUGCUGCUACCGCUGCACCAUCUGCGAGAACAACGGGCGCCCCGAGUUCGUGGUGCAGGUCAUUGAGCAGGGCCUGGAGGAUCUGGUCUUCACCGACUCCUCGCCACAGGCCGUCUGGAACCGCAUCAUCGAGCCAGUGGCGGCCAUGAGGAAGGAGGCCGACAUGCUGCGGCUCUUCCCCGAGUACCUGAAGGGCGAGGAGCUCUUUGGUCUCACAGUGCACGCGGUGCUGCGCAUCGCCGAGUCCCUGCCUGGCGUGGAGAGCUGCCAGAAUUACCUGUUCCGCUAUGGGCGCCACCCGCUGAUGGAGCUGCCACUCAUGAUCAACCCCACCGGCUGUGCCCGCUCCGAGCCCAAGAUCCUCACCCACUACAAACGGCCCCACACCCUGAACAGCACCAGCAUGUCCAAGGCCUACCAGAGCACCUUCACGGGCGAGACCAACACGCCCUACAGCAAGCAGUUUGUGCACUCCAAGUCCUCGCAGUACCGCCGCCUCAAGACCGAGUGGAAGAACAACGUGUACCUGGCGCGCUCCCGCAUCCAGGGGCUGGGGCUCUAUGCCGCCAAGGACCUGGAGAAGCACACCAUGGUCAUCGAGUACAUCGGCACCAUCAUCCGCAACGAGGUGGCCAACCGGCGCGAGAAGAUCUACGAGGAGCAGAACAGAGGAAUCUACAUGUUCCGCAUCAACAAUGAACACGUCAUCGAUGCCACGCUGACAGGGGGCCCAGCCAGGUACAUUAACCACUCGUGUGCCCCAAACUGUGUGGCUGAGGUCGUGACCUUUGACAAGGAAGAUAAGAUCAUUAUCAUUUCCAGCCGCCGGAUUCCCAAAGGGGAGGAGCUGACCUACGACUACCAGUUUGACUUUGAAGACGAUCAGCAUAAGAUCCCCUGCCACUGCGGAGCCUGGAACUGCAGGAAAUGGAUGAACUAGCCACCAUGGGGCCACCAGUCGCAGGCAGCCCCGGGGGCACAGCAGAGCCUGCUGAAGGAGGCCCCUGCUGCAGGUUCUCCUCCCCCUUUGCCAUGCUGGGGGCGGGGGACACAGAGAUGGUGCAGGGGAAACGUCCCCAUCUGGAACCCAGGAAGUGAGGUUGGUGCAGGUGGGUCAGCCGGGGCCACUUUCGAUUCCAAAGGCGAGGUGGCUCCAGAGGGCGCCCGUCCUUGCUCACACCCAUCGGAUGCUGCCCGCCUAACCUCCACAGGGAGGGCGAAUCGAAAAGACCAGGGACCUCGGUUCUCUCCCUAGCCACUCCAGCCCUGCGCGCCUCGGCCCUGGGCCUCUGCUGGCAGGGCGCUGCUCUCCCCGGGUGGGUGGCCACAGCGCCAUGAGUGGAACUGAUGAACUGGCAACUCAGGGUUUUCUUUGUUUUGUUUUGUGAGGAGGGCAGGGCCUGUGGCACCAACAAAACCUGCCCUGUCCGCCUUGCUCACUGUAAAUAACUGGAUGGAUGCGGGGUGAUCGGGGUGCUCCAGCUCAGAGUCCGGGGCGGGGCGGCCGAGGUAUCGGACCCACGGGGAGCUCAGAUCCAGUCUGUUUGUUUAAAAACAAAAACAAAAAAAAACACAAAAAAAACCUAAUAAUAUUUGCUCGCUAACUUACCAAGGUAACAAAGAGACUCCUUGAGCUUGACAAUCCCAAACCUCCCAGCCCGGCUCUCUGGAGACAGACAGAGCUCACUUGGGCUUCGGUUUAUUUCUUGUUCCAUCAACAAAAGCACCAUGAGCAUGUGAAGGAGGCACCCGCUGCUGGAGCAGAGCUGGGGAGAGCCGCGUGCAGAAAAGGGCUCCCCACCCCUGAUGGACGCAAGGAGCCUCUGCACCCAAACCUACCUCAUUUUAAGUGUUAGAUUCUGCUGUUUUCAAUGUGACCCUCCCUCCAAGACUGACCACACGCAACCUUCCUCGUUCUGAAUGAGAACUAGUGGCCGUGGGGGGAGCCUGGGGCAGAGGGAGAUUGUUGCCUUGAGCUCUGACCUGGUUCUGCCUGGAAGGAGAGAGAGCAUAAAAUAUCCCAGGAUCCCUUCCCCCCACCUGUGGGGCCUGCCCAGUUAGGUGCACAGGUGUGUUCCUGGCGACUCCCCCACCAUGCACAAAGCUGGGCACUCUGCUGCCAGCCCAGAGGCAGAGCCCAGGAGUGGUGGGGGUUCGGGGCUUGAAUUAGAAUGUGCCAAGACCCUGGCCUUGCUUCCACCCACCUUCCCAGCCUGGCGCAAGCAGCUCCCGAGCGCCACUGCUGGACACUGAGCCCAGCAUGUCGGGGAGACCAGGCGUUCGUUCAAGCCCCUGGGGCUUGAGGAGCUGAGCUCCAUGUGGAGCCUGGUUUCAGGCUGAGAGUUGACUGCUGCUGCCAUACUUCUGAGUCUGGAGGUGGGGUAGGGGGCCAAGGUCAGCUCUGGGCCCUGCCUCAGCCACUCCGCUCCCCCACUAACCAGCUCCCCUUUCACUAGGAGAACUGCUGCUCCAGGCUGGCCUGAGGAGGCUGUCUGGGUCUGUAAUGUCGGCAUGGUAUGGGGGGUAUUUAUCUAUUUAUACCUUAGCUUGUAUAUAUUAGAAUCUUGGGGGGCUCUCUUCUGUGCUCUGCUUGGCUGAGAUUUUGGACUGUGCGGGAGGGGAGAUCUUGGGGGGAAAGGGGGGGGCAUGUUCCAUAACUCAACCAGGGGGAGCAAACAUCCUCCCCACUCCCUGCUCAUCUUCAUUGUUAAAUAGAAACCCCAUAUGUGAUGGGGUCCAGGAGCCUCCUGCCAGGUGUGGGCUUCCCAGGGAAGGGAGAAGAUUGGUGACAUUAUAAACCGGGCACCACGUCUCGCCCUCCAACCUCCCCCUGCCACAGCACCCUAUUGCUGACGGUUGAAUGCUCAUCCGGGAGGGACCUUCUAAGUCUGCUGUAAACCAGAUGGGGCAGGAGGUCCUGCUCUCGCUGCCCCUUUCCAUUAAACUGUAUAGUUUGACAUCUCUUAACGCACAAAGGCAUGACACCCCACCCCCUCGGGGAUGGCACAGGGAAUAGCACAGUUGUGAGGAAAGAAGCAGAAACAAACUCCUGCAGUGCUCUCCCAUGCCACAGCUGCCUGGCUCAGCUGAGGAGGGGUCUCUUUUUUGUAUUAAACUUCCUUCCUCUCCUGGGGCGGGAGAGGGAAUGAAAUGAAGUGAGAUUAUUUUGGGGGGAGUGAAAUCUGGGGGAGGGGGCCCCAGGGGCAUUUUAUGUUUUUAAAUCAAAAGAUUUUGAGUGAGAGAGAAGAACGGUCGCGUUUUUAAAAAGCUGCUUCUGCAAGUAUUCAAAGCUGCAAAAGGUUUCAAAUGAAAUGUUAAAACUUGGGGCGAGGGCAGGGGACAAUGAAAUAAAAACUAUCCACAGAAUUUAAAUUUAACCCUGUAAAUAAAAUGGGAGCUGUGUAGAGAAAACACCGUUUUUACCAAUAAUAAAACCACUGGAUGUUAUUUUAAAAUAAAGAUGUGUGAGAGAGAAAAAGCCAGUAUAACUUUUGUUUUGUUUUUUUCCAUUAACUUGGAAGGCUGUAAAGUGUAUAAAAUAAAAAUUUAAAAAAUUACUACAAAAAAACAAAGCUGGGAAAGAGUAAAGAAAAUAACAGAAUAUAGCAGGUUGUAUGACUUUUUAGACUAUGGUUAGAGUAUAAAAUAGUCCUGUAGUUUUUAGCUGGGGAGGGGGGAAAACCUAUACAGUUUUUAAUUUUUAUAUAAACUAUAAUCCAGUCCCAGAGCUGACAUUUGAUUUUUUUUUUAAAAGUUCUCUGCUUGUAAAAUUGCAUUCAAAGCCUUGUCCAAUACUUCUGUUUGUUUACAGUUGCAGAUAUUAUCUUUUAAGUUUUACCUUUUAUGACCCUGAAAUAACCAUUUAUUAUUUUGUUGGGUUUUUUUAAAAAAAAAUAAAGUUUAAAAUAAAACUAUGGCAAGCGUGGACUCUGUGAGGAAUCUUCCUGUGUGUUUUGGGGUUUUAUUUUUUGUGUGUACCCUGUACAGCGAGGUGGUCCUUCGUAACAAAGAAAAGAAUGGAAAAAAUAAAAUUAUUCCUUUUUUAAGAAAAACAAAAAAAUGAACUUGUAUGUGGCAUGUUUUGUAUUGGAUAUAAUUUUGAAAUGUAUAUAAUUUAUGUUUAAAGAGGCAAAGAGUGAGUUUCAAAUUUUGCUUCUCUGAGUUUGUUUUUAAAGGAAAAAAAAUAAAAGUGCAUUUUAAAUACUGGGUGA